CAACUGAUCAAGGGGCGUGGAGUGGAAGAAGAUUAGGGAAAUGGGAGGUGGCAGCUCCAGCAAGUACAGUUGCGGCAGUGCUUCUGAAACCCUAGAAUGGAUACACGCUAUUCACCAAUUUCUUACUCCAUAUUCUUUCCUAAUCAAUGCUCACGUAGUCAAUUUCUUCAAUGAUCGACUCUGGGAAGCUAUCGAUGAAGAUUGGAUUGAUUGCCUCAAGAAUGAGCCUGUGGACCAUCUUCUCCAGAUCCCAUCUGGAAUAUUCCAGGAUCACUGGCCUCCUUCGCUUCAGCAAUUUGUCAUUGCUUUAGGCUCCCUUGUGCUUCCUCGACAUCAGGCAGGGUUGCAGUCGAUAUUGGCCAACAUGGGCAUGACUUCACUUGAUAGUGUUCUUACUCAGGGCAUGAAUAUGAAGAAAAAACAUGAGGUAGAGGUUCUUUCUGCUGUUGUCGAUUCAAUUGCAAACAGUGUGGGAGCUGAUACAAUAGUAGAUGUUGGUGCUGGUCAGGGCUAUCUUGCACAAGUACUUUCCUUUCAAUAUCAGCUCUCUGUGGUUGCAAUUGAUUCUUGUUCUCAUCAUGGAAAUGUUACAAAUGCACGUGCAGAACGAAUCAAGAAGCACUAUGCAGCUCAGAUGCGUAAAUCUGGGUCAGGGAGUAGGAGUUUGAAUGUGCCAAAGACUGUAACAUGCCGUGUAAUGUCUGCUGACAUGUUGAAAGCCGUGAAUGACAUGUUACUGUAUGAAGAUGAUGUUCAGCGUCCACAGCAGAUUGGACAAAGCAUAAGCCAACCUUCUCAUGCAGGACUACAUAAGAGAAGAUUGCCAUCUUUGUGUGAUGUACAUAAUGAGUCUUCAUUUGUUCUUGCUGGACUUCAUGCAUGUGGAGACCUUUCAGUAACAAUGCUUAGGACAUUUUUGGAGUGCAAAGAAGUUAAAGCAGUGGUUAGCAUUGGUUGUUGUUACAACUUACUAUCUGAAGAAGUAUGUGAGAGUUCUUCUUCCCAAUGUGGUUUUCCAAUGAGUACUGGUAUUAAAUCUGCUGGCUUAUCACUUGGAAAAAGUUCACGUGACCUUGCUUGUCAGAGUGCAGAGAGAUGGAGAGUCAUGGGAAAGGAUGCUGGUCUUCAUAAUUUUGAGUUGCAUGCUUUCCGGGCUGCCUUCCAGAUGGUUCUCUAUAGGUAUUAUCCAGAAGUUUUGAUUAGAAGCCUUGCUAUAGGGCGUCAAGGGAAAGCUUUGCGCCGCCAACAGCAAAGGAGGAAUUUGGAGUCUUCCCUGCAUCCUGAAAAAGAUGACAAAGCAGCUUUUGCAAUGGAGAAAGAUUCCUUAUUUCAAGGGAUUUCUUCUGGUGAGACUACCAUAUCUGAUGCAAUUAAUUCUGUUGAUAAGUAUUCCCUCUUUGAGAAAUUUUGCAAGUCUGGGUUGUGCCGCCUUGAUCUCAAACCUUUGCCAGAUGUGAAUUUUAAAGAAGUGUGGGAGGAAGCUGCACCAUUUGCUGAAUUUAUUGGACCUUAUUGGUCUCUUCGUGCUGCUUUAGGACCUCUUUUGGAAACACUUAUUCUGCUUGAUAGAUUAUUGUUCCUCCAAGAGCAAGGCAGUUCAGUGGAGGCAGUCAUGUUGCCUAUUUUUGAUCCUGUAUUAUCCCCAAGGAAUGUCGCCAUAAUUGCAAAGAAAAGAAAUUGACACAAAUUUGAGAAGCAUUGAGUUAGAUACGGUGCAACUUGCAUGCAGGUUGAUUGCUGAAUUUCAUUGGAGUGUGCUUGUCUUGUGUUUCUUCUGGUGGGAAUGAACAGGUGUAUGACCAGUCUUCCCCUACAAAUCUCUAUUGCUUAGGAGGUUGGAAUGAGUAGGACGGCUUUGUUUGCAUUCCAACUUUCACCAGAAACACCUUUGAAGCUUGACCCAUUCCAUGAAUUCCUCUUGAACUCAUAAAAUUUUCAAAGAAACUACAACACAAGCCAAGGUACUAUCAACUUGGUACAUUGUAUUAGUUUAAUCGUUAGCUGAAGUAGACAGAUGGUAGAGUCUGAUUUAUUUAUUGGUCUGUAUCUGAGGAAGAAGAUUCUUCUAACUAAUUUGUGGAGAGGAAGACAUUGCAUUUUGUUAAACUAAUAGGGGGAUCACACUUGUUCACAUUUGACUGACUUUUUGUCUCUUUUAGAAAGUUGUAGUCUUGAUUGGAUUAGUCUUUGGAAUCCAAGUAGUAUUUUUGCCCGUGAAA